AUGACACCAAAUGAGCUGAACUAUUUGCCAAUUGAAAAUUUGUGUUUGGCCCUAGUCUUCUCAAUUCAAAAGAAGAAGCAUUAUUUUCAAGCCCAUGUUGUUCGUCUUAUUUCUAGAGAAAAUCCCAUCAAGUUUGUUAUGUCAAAACCUGUCCUUAGUGACCGACUAGCAAGAUGGUACCUCCAAUUCCAACAGUUUGAGAUCGUGUACAUCCCUCAAAAAGCUAUCAAAGGACAAACAUUGGCGGAUUUCUUGGCAGACCAUCCGAUACCGGAUGAUUGGGAGUUAACUGAUGAGCUUUCUGAUGAAGAUGCGAUGUUAAUUGAAGUUCAACCUCCUUGGAAAAUGUACUUUGAUGGAGCUGCACAUCGUGGCGGAGCUGGUGCUGGCGUAGUGUUCAUCAUUUCACAAGAAGAGAUCCUACCAUUCUCCUUUACUUUGAAGCAAUGUUGCUCCAAUAAUGUCGCUGAAUACCAAGCGUUGAUACUUGGACUUGAGAUGGCCGUUGAUAUGAAGCAAUUAAACUUACAAGUCUUUGGUGACUCUCAGUUGGUGAUCAACCAACUCUUGGGAAGUUAUGAGGUGAAGAAGCCUGAAUUGCUUCCUUAUCAUGAUUAUGCUCAAAAGUUUAUAGGAUGGCUUGGAGAUGUAACCCUUCAACAUGUGCAUAGAACGGAGAAUAAGAAAGCUGAUGCAUUGGCUGCUCUAGCUUCAACGCUAACCCUUCCUGAUCAGACGCAAGUGACUAUUUUUCAAAAAUGGAUAGUACCACCACCAAAUGAGGAAGAAUGUAUAGAAAAUGAGCUUAAUCAUCUCGUUGCCAUUUCUGAAGCCGCGAAGGAAGAGUGGAGACAACCCAUUAUUGACUACAUGUGUUAUGGGAUACUUCUAGAAGAUUCAAGGAGAAGGACUGACAUUCUUCGUUGUGCACCUCGCUUCCUUUACUACAAGGACACAUUAUAUAGAAGAUCAUUUGAAGGUGUACUAUUACGACGUUUGGGAGAGGAAGAAGCAAGUCAAGCUUUGCAAGAAGCACACUCGGGAAUUAUGCUCGGAGGUGCGAUGCUUGUCAAUUUCAUACAUCAGCCGCUCGAAGUAUUGCACCCAACUAUUGAAUCUUGGCAAUUUGACGCUUGGGGAUUAGAUGUUGUGGGACCACUACCAAAAUCUUCUGGUGGACACUUGUACAUCUUGGCUGCAACAAAUUACUUCUCAAAAUGGGUUGAAGUUGUCGCUCUUAAAGAAGUGAAGAAAGAGAAUGUUGCAAAUUUUAUCCGACGUAAAUCUUCUAUGUAUCAUGCUGCCGCCAAUGGUCUCGCUGAAGCAUUCAAUAAGACUCUAUGCAACCUCCUGAAGAAAGUUGUCUCCAAGUCCAAACGGGAUUUGCAUGAAAGAAUGGAAGAAGCUUUGUGGGCAUAUAGGACGACGUACCGCACUCCAACUCAAGCAACACCAUAUUCACUCGCUUUUGGUGUUGAACCAGUCCUACCACUCGAGUGUAAAAUACCUUUCUUAAGAUUUGCUAUUCAAGAAGGGAUCACUGAAGAAGAAAAUGCUCGACUGUGCCUUACUGAGUUAGAAGCACUUGACGAAAAGACGCUAGAAGCCCAAUAA